GUUCCGUGCGCAUUAACCUUAAAAUUAAACCUGAACCCGUGAAACCGCCAAGCCUGGAAGUUGAGACAAGUCGGACCAUAUAUUACAUUAUAAGACAGCUGAGUUCCCGCAGCACGGCUGGUUUUAUGCACAUACGCCCCUUCCCACCAUUAAACCAUCACUUAUUGUGAGACAUUAUCUACCUCGACCUCUAUGAAUCAAGUUUUGAUCAACAGCCGCGGAGUCUCCACUUCGCUUCGCUUCAAUGAUGCGUCAUUCUUCAUCGAACCUACCACGCUCGACGGUCACAAAUCCUCUUGCUGCGCAGGCAUAUACACCAGCAGAAGAGUUAAGCGCACAGAGGUGCCUCUUCGCAAUGUCAUUUCCGCUCAAAUUGCAUCUGGAGCCCUUGAAGUACAAUACUUGGUUCGCAAGAGCAAGAAGAGCCGUUUAAACCUUGCAAUGACAAGCGGCACAGUUCAGAACGAAGAUAGCACGCGUGCCAAGAAGUGGUGUGAGGCGCUACUUCUGGCUGCGUAUCAGGGCGCAAAUCCAUCCAAGAAUCUCAAGGUGCUCGUUAAUCCUCAUGGCGGAAAGGGGAAGGGAAGAGCGUCAUACGUCACUAAAGUGGAACCCAUACUCCUUGCAGCUGGAUGUACAUUGGAUGUAACCUACACCACCCAUGGCGGUCACGCUAUUGAAAUUGCUCGCGAAAUGAAGCUGGGAUAUGAUGCCCUAGUCCUUGUAUCCGGUGACGGUUUGAUCCACGAGGUCCUCAACGGAAUAGAUCAACAUGAACACCGCGACCAGGCAUUUUGUAUACCAAUAGCACCUAUACCGACUGGCUCUGGUAAUGGGAUGUCUCUCAAUCUAUUAGGUCUGCAAGACGGGCUAGACGUUUGUGCAGCAGCUCUGAAUGUCCUCAAAGGACAACCAUUGAAAACCGAUCUAUUUUCCUUCGCCCAAGGAGAUCGUCGCCGAAUAUCAUUCAUGUCACAAACUAUCGGAAUAACGGCAGAUAUCGAUAUUGAGACUGAACAUUUACGAUGGAUGGGCGAUACUCGAUUCAUCAUAGGCUAUAUCAGUGCCGUCAUUGCGCGCAAAUCGUGUCCGAUCGAGUUAUCAAUGAAAGUAGUCGAUCAAGACAAAUCCCGUAUGGUGGAUGUUCUCCAUGCGCGACGAGCGGGCGAAUCACCUACUCCAUCUAGCCUUCCUAGUUCGCUCCUCAGUGCCGACAAUAAACCUGAUAGUGCAAGCUCUGUACAUAGGGAGUGGACUCAGUUUAAACGACCUAUCCUGUGGAUGUACGCCGGCAAAGGGCCGUUCGUUAGUCGGGCUCUGAUGCAAUUCCCUGUCUCUAUAGCUGAUGACGGACUCAUCGACAUCGCUAUACAAGAAAUAACCAGUCGACGGGAUCUCUUACGGGCCAUGGACGGUGCCGAAGAAGGCCGGACGUAUUGGAAAAACACAAACCAGUAUUUCAAGGUGUCCGCUUACCGCGCAAGGCCACUCGCCCCCAAGGGCACGCUCGUGGUGGAUGGCGAGCAAGUUCCCUUCGAAGAGUUCGAGGUAGACGUCCUGAACAGACUUGGCACCUUUUUGUCCCCUUUUCCUCAUUACGCGCCGGAGUUUCUUGUGCGAGAUAUUCAAGGGAAUACUUAGAAAACCGGUGUAUAAUUAUGGUUUCAAUGAUACCUUUCUUGUACAUUGCACUUGACUAUCCGUGGUUGUGAGACCCAUGCCAUAUAUACUGACUACCUCUCAA